AUGAAUGGAAAUAGAACAAUUACGACGACAAUUACUACAAUCAGCACUGGCGUCAGCGCUAACACAGAAGAUAGCAGUACGCAACUGUUACGAUUAAUCCCGGAAAGGAAUGUCACAUGGGCUGAAGAUACCAUAGACAACGAACAUAUGAACAAAAAGUCUAGCAAGAGAUGCUGUAUAUUCCACAAGAAACGAAAUCCGGACGAAAGCUCGGACUCUGAUCAAGAAAAAUCUCCUGCUCAGACACAAGGACGCAGUGAUGACUCCCAGAAAAUAGUAGGGAAAACGACAUUCGCAAUUUCAUAA